GACAUUUACUUGUGAACACAAAAGUCAUUAAUGACACAAAUCCACACGAUCAUUAUAAAUUUCAAAGGGAUUUAUUCUUUGAUAUAUAAUAUUAAUAUAUCCCACAUCCAAGCAGAUCGCAGUUGCACUCAAAUUCUUCAACCCAUCAAAUUCAAACAAAAAAAUCUCUCAUUUCCCAACUUCUCAUCAACAAUGUCGAAUCAAAGAUUACAUGGAAAAGUAGCUCUUAUAACCGGCGGCGCCAGCGGGAUUGGCGAGAAAACGGCAAGAGUAUUCGCAGAAAACGGCGCGAUCGUAGUAAUCGCCGACAUCCAAGACGAACUAGGCGAAAAGAUCGCAAGCGAAAUCGGUCAAAACAAGGCGAGUUUCCACCACUGCGACGUGAGAAACGAGGAAGACGUGGAGCAAACGGUGAAAUUCACGGUGGAAAAACACGGAAGAUUAGACAUUCUGUUCAGCAACGCGGCGGUGAUGGGUCCAAUGGCCGGGAUCUUGGAACUAAACAUGGAGGAGUUCGAGAACACGAUGAGAAUCAACGUGAAAGGGGUGACGGCCACGAUAAAGCACGCGGCACGCGAGAUGGUGAAGAGAAAGACACGAGGGUCGAUUAUAUGCACGGCCAGCGUGGCGGCCACGUUGGGUGGGGUGGGGCCGUUUGGGUACACGGUGGCGAAGAAUGCAGUGGUGGGAGUGGUGAAGGCGGCGUGUGGGGAGUUGGGGAAGUACGGGAUAAGAGUGAACGGGGUUUCUCCUUACGGGGUUGCUACGCCGAUGACGUGCCGGAGUUAUAAUAUGAGUGUGGAGGAAGCGGAGGAGAGUUCGAGUGCGUUGGCGAAUUUGAAAGGGAUUGUUUUGAACUGUCGACAUGUCGCUGAGGCUGUUUUGUUUUUGGCGUCCGAUGAGUCGGUUUAUGUUAGUGGACAUAAUUUAGCCGUUGAUGGAGGCUUUACUGUCGUUUGUACUGCUGCUAAUUCCAAUUCUACCCUUUGAAUUUUCCAAUACCAUUAAGAAAAAUAAUAAUAAGAAUUUUGAAGUUUUUAUUUUGAAUAAUUGGUGUUUGUGUGAUUAAUGUUGUAGAUUUAGCUAUGUAUUUCAUUUUUGAGUCGAGGAUAUGUUAUGUUCUUAUAAUUAUUGGUUGGAUUAUUAUUUGAUUUUGUUGUUGUCUU